AGCCGGGCAGGGUCCAGGCAGUACCAGAAGGAGACGCUCUGCUGAACUGUUGAAGCGUAAAGCUCAGCUGGUUGCCUGCUAAUCUUGAUUUGGAAGUAGAGGCUCGAGGAAAUGGACAAGGAAUACUAGAGUACAGGGAAAGACGACCACGGGUUGUGACCUAUUACAAUCAGCUGCAUGAGGUGGAAGAGAAAAUGCCCUGCAAGCACUUUGAUCUCAACGUCACUUUUGAAGGAUCCAGCGCAGGGCUCUAGGACCCAGAGACGUCAGGAUGGUGGUUCUUGAUAUCAGUCUACCAACUGGAUUCACCCCAGAAAACUCUGACCUGGAGAUGUGUCCCUGAUCCCAGAGCUGGAUGCUUCAGAUCUGUGGUGGUUCUCCCACCAACUGGCCUAAUCUCCAUCUGUGGGAUGCUGCUGCUGCUGACCUUCCUCCAGCCCACUGCUUCCAGCUGCCCAUUUCCAUCAAUCUACUCUGCAUCACCCUCACUACACUUGAUUUGCUCGUCUACAUAUUUUUGAAUUUACCACCAGCUAUAUAUGUAGUAUAUUUAAUGCCAGAGCCAUACACCGUAGCAGUAAACUAUAAUCAGUUUCCAGCCCAGAGGGAUAUAUGCGCAGAUUUUUUUAAAUACCAUGUAGAAGACUAUAUACAGGAAGAUGGGGUAUCAGUUCUUGCACAUAGAUAUACAACAGUCCUUUUUUACUCCCCAGGUUAGGGGAAAUUUCCAGUGUUAGAGCAGCAAAAAUCUUUCAGAGCAGCACUAACUACAGUUUACUACAGUAAAGAUAAUAAUUAUAAUAACAAUAAUAUAUACAAGAAUGAAAAAUGAAUAAAUACAGUAUUACUACACUAUAAGUGACAUCAGCAUAAAGUGGCUUGUGGAAUACAUGUAAUUGUAAAAGUGCAGAAAAUGCCAGCAGUGCAAGGAGUUGUGGAGAUUUUCUCAAAACAGGUGAGUCCCGUGAAUAUGACCAAAAUAUGAGAUAAAACUACCAGAAACAUGUACAAAACGGCCAAAAUAUGAUUGGUUGAUAAUGUAUCAGUGUUGUUAUUGAUGAUUGAUCGGUUGCAGGGACAGAGAUUUGUGUCUGAGUCUCUGCUGUCAUCUAAUCGCUCUCAUGUAAGAUCGUGUCACAGGAGGGGCCGCUACUGACCUCUUGUGGACACAGGCGGUAACGACACGACAUUAUUACUAACUGUAUAGCUGGCGACAUUACAGGUGAGCAGCACUUCCUGUUCAUCUUCAACGUAAAAGCAUCUUUCUUUAUUGUACAUUUUAUGUCAAAAGUAUUAUUAAGCGAUUUAGGUCGAUUCAGAAGGAUCUCUGGUGUAAACCAAGUCGUAUUUGACGACAGCUAGCCUCUCCACUUGCUCCAAUUACUUUUGUUGUAGUCCGAGUCACGUCCAAACAGGAAACGAAUCCACAAUGUAGCUAAUGACAAUCUAUAGCUGCAUCUCCGUGAUGGCAGCGUUAGCGAGCUAGCAGCUAAUCAGAAGCUAGUGACAAGCUAACUCCAGCGCUACCAGCAGCGUCUCUUUAAAAGGUGCUGAUCACGAUAUCAGGCUGAAACAUUAGACCUGGGACAGGAAACGGAGCUAGAGCUCUGUGUCUUGGAGAGAAUUGAUUUUAGAGCUACGUGUGUUACUUUCGCUAGCUCGGCUAACACUUCCGGUCACGAAUGCAUUUGUACAUUACCUAUAACGUGUUCAUUUUUGAACGUAUAGUGACAACAAACACAAUUUGAGGGAGUCGACAAGCUAGUGGUCUUUAAAGACAUUUUGGUUCAUACUGCAGAUUCUUCUGAGUCUCACAAAACCACGUUUUAGCCUAAGAGCAUUACGAUAGUUUUACGUUGAAACAGGAAGUGCUGCUCAUCUGUACUGUGGCCAGCUUUGCCUCAAAUAAUAAUAGUGUCGUUACCGCCUGUGUCCGCCAGAGGGGCAGUAGCGCCCCCUGCUCUGAUAAGGAUAAGGAUAAACUUUAUUGAUCCCACAGUGGGUAAAGUUCACCGAGCUGCUUCACUGAGGAGAGUCUUUUAGUUUUCAGAUUAUAUGAUGGUGAAGAAAAUGUGUUACUGCAGUAAAGAUUCCACUGAAUUAUUAUUUGAUCCAUGAUCGAGAGCACUCAGUUCUUCUCCAGUUUGUUGCUGCGGUCCGGUGAACAGGUUGAGAGGACUUUGGGUAUUGAGGCUGCAAGAUCCACCAUCAUCAAUGAGGUUCAGUACACCAUGGUCAACCACGGAAUGAGCAUCGACCGGCGUCACGUCAUGCUUCUUGCUGAUCUUAUGUCCUAUAAGCUGCUGCACGUCGUGUCCACGUCUUGGCAGAGCAUGUCCAGCCAGCUGUCAUUGACGGGAUCAAGGAAGCCAAAUACAUUUCACUGGCUAUUGAUGAGUCCACUGACAACACGGAUAUUUCACAGUUGUGCGUUUUUGUCAGAUACUUUGAUGGCAAAGAUUUCCGAGAGGAGCUGCUGGCAUUGCUUCUGCUGGAGGACAACACCACAAUUCUCCACAAACGUAGUGAAAAUGAUGCCGUUGGACGAGGCGUCCAUUCAGAGCGAGCUGGCUGAAAUCCAGGCUGCUCUCCAUGGUGCUGAAAGCCUGAGCGCAUUCUGGAUGUCUUGUCCCGAGGACUAUGGCACAUUGAAGACGCUGGCUAUGUAUGUGCUCACCAUGUUGGGUUCAACCUACACCUGCGAGGCUGCGUUCUCCAAGAUGAACUCGAUAAAAACACACGAGAGGAACCGACUGUCAAACCAGUCUUUGGAGGACUGUUUGCGCAUAAGUCUGACAGCGGCCAAGCCUGAUGUGAAAAAGUUGGUGUCAGAGGGGAAAUGUAACUUCAGCCAUUAAGCAGUGUGAGGAGCCCAUUUCAGCCUUGUGAUCUGAAAUCGCUAUAGCCCACUUAACGUUUUAUUUGAUGUGCGAACGUUAUUUGUGACCUGUUUUGUUCUGGUACCAGGUUAGUAUUUAUUUACCAUGCUAUUUUAAGUUAUGCCAGUUGGUUUUUCCUCCUUUUUUUGUCCUGAGAAGUCUACUAGUUUGAAGCUUGUUGUUGAGACUUUGAAAUAAAAACCAAAUGUUAAGUAAGGGCAUGAGGAAAAGUUAUGUUAAAAAAAAGAACUGUGUGAAACAAUAAAUGUUAAACAGUGCAGCGAGUCUGUCCUCAUUUCGGAAUGUAGCCUAAAUAGAGUCAUAAAUGGUGGGGAUUACUGAUAGUUAAGAGUCUCAGUUAUUGUUGUUUUCAGUUGCUUUAAUAGUGUGGACCGCAUGAUAUUUUCUCUUUGAUCCUCACAAUUUUGGAAUCCAGUCGGGGGGCCGGAUUGGACGGUUCGGCGGGCCGGAUUCGGCCCGCGGGCCGCCAGUUGAUGAUCACUGCUCUAUAUAGUUAGCCCUCCUAUUACUUUUGGGGUCAGUUUGACUCCAUUCAAUCUUUAAAGUCUCUAAAUAAAUGAUUGACUUUUUUUUUUUUUUUGCUUCAUAUUUAAUGACGUUUCUUAAUUUGAUGAGGACGACUGGGUAAACAUAAAAUGAACAUGAUGAUAUGUUUUCAAUGUCCUGUACACAUAUUAUAUGCAUCGGUGUCCUUUGUUUUAGCUGUAUAAAACAGCUAUCAACAUUUUACACACAUUUGUGUUGGUUAUUUUGGAUGAUAUUGAGGUCAGCACAAUAUGCACUUCUAUAAUCUUCCAAAUGCUUCAAGGCCUUGCUGUAACACCCGUAUGGCUCAACGUGUUACGCGGGUGACGCAUGUACAGAGCUGGCCCCCCGACGCAGCGGCCCGGGUUCGAUUCCCGCUCGCGGCCCUUUGCUGCAUGUCUUCCCCCAACUCUUCUCCCCUGUUUCCUGUCUCUAUCUCACUGUGCCUAAAUAAAGCCGAUAAAAAGCCAAAAAAA